UAAGGUGGCUGGGGAGAGAGUGGGGCUUUCCUGGAAUACAAUCUGCAUUUUGACACUCUCCAUUUAAGCACUGCCCAUCUGUGUAUUAUUCAACCAGACCAAGGGAAAAAGAAGAGUUACAAGAGGAGAGGGAGAGAGAGAGGGAGGGAGGGAGGGAGGAGAAAAGAGAGAGAGAGAGAGAGAAAGAGAGAGAGACUUACAUAGGAGAGGAAGCAAAAAGCUCUCCCUCUUCCCCCCUCUUUUUUUUUUUUUAAAUAAGUUGCUGGUUAGGCUGUCUUAAAGUGCCACAUCUGGAAACUACAAACCGAAAGAAAGUUAAAAUAACUGAGGCACCACUGAACCGAGGGGGGCUGAUUGAAGAAGGGGGUAAACAAUUACUAAGCUCUUAGAAGACCACACUCCUGGAUGUAAAAGAAGGAAAUGGCUUUGAUCUCUGCCUGGUCUUAUGUUUUUCCUAUUCUGCUUUUCUCGGGAUGCAUCUCCUCCAGCACUGCAGCAGUGGAGGGCAGCGCUUUUCAGUUUGACUUUGAAGGUAGUUCUGCAAUCAGCAGACAAGACUCGGCUGAUAACAGAGAGCCAUCGCUAGCUGCUGGAAGUCGGGUGCUUUUUGCUGAGAGAUGUGGACUGGGAUUUUUUCACUCUGUGUCCGGAGAAUGUUUGCCCUGUGAUUGUAAUGGGAAUUCACAUGAGUGUCUGGAUGGCUCCGGAUUCUGUGUGAAUUGCCAACAGAACACCACUGGAGAGCACUGUGAAAAGUGUCCUGAUGGCUACAUUGGAGAUGUCAGCAGAGGAGCUCCUAGAUCCUGCCAACCAUGCCCUUGCCCCUUGCCCCACAUGGCCAAUUUUGCAGUGUCCUGCUAUAGGAAAAGUGGGGUGGUACGGUGCAUUUGUAAAGAAAAAUAUGCCGGACCCAACUGUGAAAGGUGUGCCCCCGGUUACUAUGGAAACCCCUUACUGAUUGGAAGCACCUGCAAGAAAUGUGACUGCAGUGGAAAUUCAGAUCCCAACCUGAUAUUUGAGGAUUGUGAUGAAGUUACCGGCCAGUGUCGCAACUGCUUACGGAAUACCACUGGAUUCAAAUGUGAACGGUGUGCCCCUGGGUAUUAUGGGGAUGCCAGGAUAGCCAAGAACUGUGCAGUAUGCAAUUGCAGGGGAGGACCAUGUGACAGUGAAACUGGAGAAUGCCUUGAAGAAAGUUUCGAACCCCCUACAGGCUGCGACAAAUGCAUCUGGGAUUUGACUGAUGACCUACGAUUAGCAGCUCUUGCUAUCGAUGAAAGCAAAUCAAAUUUGUUGAGUGUGUCUUCUGGAGUGGCUGCUCACCGGCAUGUAAAUGAAAUCAAUUCCACUAUUUACUUCCUCAAGGCAAAGUUUUCAGAACGAGAAAACCAAUACCUCCUAAGAAAAAUACAAAUCAGUGAUGCCGAGAAUACAAUGAAGGGUCUUCUCUCUGAUUUGGAGGAACUAGCUGAAAAGGAAAAUCAAGCCUCAAAAAAAAGCCAGCUGGUUCAGAAGGAAACCAUGGAUACCAUUAACUAUGCAACCCAGCUUGUAGAAGAAGCCCACAAUAUGAGGGAUCAGAUCCAAGAGAUCAACAGCAAGAUGUUGUAUUAUGGAGUCCAGCAGGACCUUAGUCCAGAAGAAAUCUCCCAAAAGCUCUCGGUAGCAGAGGACAUGCUGGAGGAAAUCAGACGCCGAAAACCCUUCCUCCUUCAGCGGGAGCGUGCAGAUGAAGAGGCUGAUGAAGCACAAGAGUUGUUAUCCCUCGCCGAAAACUGGCAACGGCUCCACAAUGACACAAGGUCACUGUUUCCUGUUGUAUUAGAACAGCUUGAUGACUAUGAUGCCAAGUUGUCAGAACUUCAAGAGUCGCUGGAUGAGUCUCUUGACCGUGUCAGAGAUGCUGAGGACAUGAACAGGGCCAAUGCUGCCAGACAACGGGACAAUGAGAAACAACAUGAAAGAGUCAAAGAAGAAGUAAAGAUGGUGAACAAUUCUUUGAGUGAGAGCGCAGACUCUCUGGAAAUCCCUCGUCUGACCAUCUCUGAACUAAGUGACGUAAUAAAGAAUGCAUCAGGGAUUUAUGCAGAAAUAGAUGGAGCCAAAAAAGAGCUACAAGAUAAACUCUCCAAUUUGACUACCCUCAAUCAUGACUUGGUCCAGCGGGCUGUAGAGCAUGCACAGGACCUUCAGCAACAGGCUGAAGAACUAAAUAGGAAUCUGCAGAGAUCAGAUACUAAUGGGUUAGUUCAAAAAGCACUAGAUGCAUCAAAUGUCUAUGAAAACAUCAUCAACUUUGUCCAUGAGGCCAAUGAGUCAGCAGCACAAGCCUUGAACAUUACAGACAGAGUCAAUGAUGCUGUAGGUGGGAUUGACACUCAGAUCACUUACCAUAGAGAUGAAAGCGAAAAUCUUCUCAGUCAAGCCAAGGCUUUGCAAGCAACAGCGGAUUCUAGCAAUGAGGAGGCUGUGGCUGACACCAGCCGGCGUGUGGAUGGAGCACAGGCUCGAAAGAGUGUUCUGAAAAACAGGCUAAAUGAAGCUAUUAAGAAACUGCAAACAGCAGAGAGAGGUGAUACGGAGCAACGUCUGGAUCAUUCAAAGAGAAUCAUUGCAGAAGCCGAGAAGACAACCAUGGUGGUAGACCAAGCUACCGCUCCAAUGGCAAACAAUCUAAACAACUGGUCCCAGAGCCUUCACCAUUUUGAUUCCUCAGCCUAUAACACUGCAGUGGACUCUGCUAGAGAUGCAGUAAGAAAUUUGACUGAAGUUGUCCCUCAGCUCCUGGAUCAACUGCGUACAGUAGAGCAGAAGAGACCUGCAAGCAAUGUUUCAGAUAGCAUUCGGAGGAUCAGAGAGCUCAUUGCACAGACCAGGAGUGUGGCCAGCAAGAUUCAAGUUUCCAUGAUGUUUGAUGGUCAGUCAGCAGUUGAAGUCAACACCAAAACUAGUGUGGAUGACUUAAAAGCUUUCACGUCCAUGAGCUUGUACAUGAAGCCUCCAGCAAAGUCAGCAAUGGAAAAUGAGAAUGCAGAUAGAUUCAUCUUAUAUCUUGGAAGCAAAAAUGCAAAAAGUGAUUAUAUGGGUCUUGCAAUCAAGAAUGAUAACCUGGUAUACAUUUAUAAUCUGGGAAACAAGGAUGUGGAAAUUCCUCUGGACUCUAAACCAGUGAGCACUUGGCCUGCCUACUUCAGUAUUGUCAAAAUUGAAAGGGUAGGGAAACAUGGGAAGGUAUUCCUAACAGUCCCAAGCCUGACCAGUACAGCUGAAGAAAAGUUUAUCAAGAAAGGAGAAGUCUCUGGGGAUGACUCCCUGCUGGAUUUGCAGCCUGAGGACACUGUCUUUUAUGUUGGUGGAGUGCCACCAAAUUUUAAGCUCCCUGCUAGUUUGAACCUGCCCGGUUUCAUUGGCUAUCUGGAGUUGGCCAGUUUGAAUAAUGAGGUGAUCAGCUUAUACAAUUUUAAGCACAUCUACAACAUGGACCCUUCAAAAUCAAUACCCAGUGCAAGGGACAAACUAGCCUUCACUCAAAGUCGGGCUGCCAGUUAUUUCUUUGAUGGUUCAAGUUAUGCUGUGGUGAGGGAUAUCACAAGGAGAGGAAAAUUCGGACAAGUGACACGUUUUGAUAUCGAAGUUAGAACACCAAUAGCCAAUGGAUUGGUGCUUCUCAUGGUGAAUGGGAGUACAUUUUUCAGCCUGGAGAUGAGGAAUGGCUACCUGAAUGUAUUUUAUGACUUUGGGUUCAGCAAUGGCCCUGUGCAUCUAGAAGACUCCCAGAAGAAAGCACCAAUUAAUGAUGCAAAAUACCAUGAGAUUUCAAUCAUUUAUCACAAUGAUAAAAAGAUGAUUUUGGUAGUUGACAGGAGGCAUGUGAAAAGCAUGGAUAAUGAAAAAAUGAAAAUACCUUUCACAGAUAUAUACAUUGGAGGAGCUCCUCCAGAAGUCUUACAAUCCAGUAACAUAAAAGUACACCUUCCAUUAGAUGUCAACUUCAGGGGCUGCAUAAAGGGUUUCCAGUUCCAAAAGAAGGAUUUCAACUUAUUGGAGCAGCCAGAAACUUUGGGAGUUGGUUAUGGUUGCCCAGAAGACUCACUUAUAUCCCGCAGAGCAUAUUUCAAUGGACAGGGGUUCAUUGCUUCAAGCCAGAAAAUAUCUUUCUUCGAUGCCUUUGAAGGAGGUUUUAAUUUCCGGACACUGCAGCCCAAUGGACUACUUCUCUAUUAUGCUGCAGGGUUGGAUAUAUUCUCCAUUUCCAUGGAAAAGGGGACAGUGAUAUUGAAUGUAAAGGGAAUCAAAGUUCAAUCAGCAGAUAAACAGUAUGAUGAUGGUCAGUCCCAUUUCAUCAUUGCCUCUAUAACACCCACAAGAUAUGAACUCAUAGUGGAUAAAGACAAAUUGGGUAAAAAUAAUCCAAGCAAAGGAAAAACAGAGCAGACUCCAGCCAGCGAGAACAAGUUCUACUUUGGUGGCUCACCAAUCAGUCCCCAGUAUGCUAAUUUCACUGGAUGCAUAAGCAAUGCCUAUUUCACCAGGUUGGGCAGGGAUGUAGAGGUUGAAGAUUUCCAACGGUAUUCUGAGAAAGUCCACACGUCCCUUUACGAAUGCCCUAUUGAGUCAGCACCAGUUUCUCUCCUCCACAAAAAGGAAAAAAAUUCCUCAAAGCCCAAAGCAAAUAAGAACAAAAAGAAUGAAAAAAAUAAAGAUUCACCUCGGAAUCCAAUUGGCCUGAAAUCCCUAAAGCAGCAUGCUUCCCAGGACUCUCACUGUCAGCUUUCCAGCAGUCCAAAAGCAAUCUCCGAUGCCUAUCAGUAUGGGGGGACAGCUAACAGCCGCCAGGAGUUUGAAUAUUUAAAAGGAAAUUUUGCUGAAAAGUCUCAGUUCUCCAUUCGUUUGAAAACUCGCUCUUCCCAUGGAAUGAUCUUUUACAUCUCUGAUCAAGAAGAAAAUGACUUCAUGGCUCUCUUUGUGGCACAUGGCCGGCUAGUCUUCAUGUUUAACGUUGGCCAUAGGAAACUGAAGCUUAGGAGUCAGGAGAAGUAUAAUGAUGGAUUGUGGCAUGAUGUGAUAUUUACUCGGGAAAAGAGCAGUGGUCGUUUAAUAAUUGAUGGUCUCCGAGUCCUAGAAGAAAGUUUCCCUCCAAGUGGCACCAACUGGAAAGUUGAGGGUCCUAUUUAUUUGGGAGGUGUUGCUCCUGGAAAAGCUGUAAAAAAUGUCCAGAUCAAUUCAGUCUACAGUUUCAGUGGUUGUCUUAGCAAUCUUCAGCUCAAUGGGACCUCAAUUACCACUGCUUCUCAGACAUUCAGUGUGACUCCUUGUUUUGAAGGACCAAUGGAAAGUGGAACAUACUUUUCAGCAGAAGGAGGAUAUGUGAUUCUAGAUGAGUCUUUCAAUAUUGGGUUGAAGUUUGAGAUCGCCUUUGAAGUUCGUCCCAGAAGUAGGUCAGGAAUCCUGUUCCAUGGUCACAGUGUGAAUGGGGAAUACCUGAAUGUCCACCUGAAAAAUGGGCAGGUCAUAACGAAGGUCAACAAUGGCAUCAGAGACUUUUCUACUUCAGUUACACCCAAACAGAGUCUCUGUGAUGGCAGAUGGCACAGAAUCACAGUUAUUAGGGAUUCCAAUGUGGUUCAAUUGGAUGUAGAUUCUGAAGUCAACCAUGUGGUUGGUCCCCUCAAUCCAAAAUCAGUUGAUCACAGGGAACCUGUAUUUGUUGGAGGUGUUCCAGAGUCUCUCCUGACGCCCAGCCUGACCACAAGCAGACCCUUCUCAGGCUGCAUCAGAAACUUCGUGAUUGAUGAACGCCCAGUGAGCUUCAGUAAAGCCGCACUGGUCAGUGGGGCUGUGAGCAUUAAUUCUUGUCCAGUGGCCUAAUAUUAAGCCAAGCACAGCAAGCAAAGUACAAAGUUCUUUAGAGCACUGAAGAAACAAAAGCCCUACCAUCAAUAAGGAACAGCAUCUCUUUUUCUAGACAGAAGUACCCAUGUAGUAAAUGAGGCUAAAUGAGUCAUGAGCCCCUGGAGUUGAUGAAGGAUCACAUUUAGGAUUUCUCACUUGGAUACUUAUUUUCCAUCCUAAAUAUUUGCAUUCGAAAUCAAAAGGAGUGCUAAACUUCUGUGUACCGACAAUGCACUUAUUUUCUGUUGGUAAGGUAUAUUGUUUCUGUCUGUAAAAAAUAAAAAUCAAA